CAAUCAGUAAUCAAAUGUUUGGAGAAUUUAGACCUACACAAUAAAUUGUUAUUCGUACUUAUGUCGUGUUAUGACGUGCCUCUAAAGCAUUGAUUAAUAUUACAAUAUUUAUAAUUUAUAACACCUUUUACCUAGGUACCCAUAAUCGUUGUAAUUCUGAAAACAUUGUGUUUUGCAUUUUUAGUUGUAUAAUAUUCACACAAUUUGUAACCAUUAAUAUUAAAAAUCGGCAAUACUUUUACGUCUGACAGUGAAUUUUUACAUUUUUAUUUUAAUGCAGUAUUUUUUAUUAUGAUUUACUUAAAAAGUUAUAGCUAUUUCCAGUUCUUAUUCUACAAUACAUUUAGCUGUCAUAGAGUAAAUUUUAUUUUGGAAUAAAUUACAAGACAGAAAACCAACACAUCAAGAAGCCUAGCCAAUAUGGAACAGAAAAACUCAGAUAAUAGUGAUGAUAAUGAUGGGGAGUUAACAACAAACCAGAUAAAACUUAAGGCUCAAGAAAUUGCUAAACGAAUUGAAAAAUACCAUGGGAGAUACACAUCUUCUAGUCGGUGUAACACACCUCUGCCACUCACUUCGGCAGAAAGUAUAGAGUCUAUACAAAGUAAUAGUGUUAUUUCUGAUACGAGUGAAAAAAUUUUGUUAUUCCGACAAUUUUUAGAGAAUGACAGAAAGUUAGUCGAGAAUAGUAAAAUUGAUGAGCAAAAAUAUAGUAAUGAUGAUCAAGUCAAUGAUAGUAAUUUGUUAGAUGUGCAACAACAUGAAAAAGGAAAACCUAAUGCAACAUAUUAUGAAGAUAUUAUAUCAGCGCAAUUUCAUGAGCAGAAUAUACAAUCUUUAAAAAGUCAAAUUGUUGAAUUAAAUGAAAAACUUGAAAAUUAUCGUAAUAAUAUUACUGAAAAAGAUAUGUUAUUACAAUUAAAAAUUGAGAAAAUUGAGUCAUUAAACAAAGCUAUUGCGCAAAACAAAAAAUCACAUUUAGAAACAGUGGAAGCUUUAAAAAAAAGAAAUAUUGAAGUCAUAAAUGAAGAACGUUUAAGAUGUACUCAAAAGAUUAAUCAUAUUGCAGAAGAAUCAGAAGAAUUAAAAAAUAACUUAGAGGAUGUCCAAAGACUCUGUGAUAAAUUAAAAAAAAAAAAUAUUAAAAUUGUUAAUGAAAACACUGAACUAAGAAAAAAAGAAAUGAAUUUAACAUCAGAAAUUGAAGAAUUAAGUAUAAGCUAUGAGAAAGAAAAAAAAUCGAUUCUACAACGCAAUCAAGAAAAUUCAAAACAUCUUAUUGGUGAUAUGGAAAAAGAAUUGCUAAGCUUACAACAAGAAAAUGAUUUAUUGUCAAACCAUGUAGCUAUGUUGGAAAGCAAGUCAAUGCAUUUUCAAGAAAAUGAUAAUUUAUUAAUGGAACUCGACAAAAAAGAAUCAGAGAUUCAACGUUUGAAUCUUGAAAACGAAAAAUUAAACAAACAACUUCAAAAUCAAGUAGUAGAUGCUCAGCAGAUAGAAAAUCGUUGGAUUCAGUUAAAAGAUGCAUACCUCAAUGAUAAAGAACGUAUGACUCUUUUGGAAAAAGUAAUUGAUGAAUUAAAAAUGAAUAAUAAUGAGUUGAAUGAUGCCAAUACUAAAUUAACUGAGGAAUAUGAAAAAUCUAUAGAAAAUGUAAAGUUAUUAAAGGCUGACAAUGACUCACAAAAAGAACGGAUUUCUGACUUAAUGGCAGUUAUAGAAAACAUGCGUGAAACAUUUGAAAAAGCUAUGAAAGAAUCUUCAAAUGAGUACGAACAAAAUAAAAAACAUUUUAUUCGACAACAUGAAGAUGAUCAAGCUUUAAUUACAACUUGUAAUAAUAAACUUAAAGAUAGCAUUACGUCUGUAAAUGAAUUAACUUAUCAAUUAAACAUCGUUUUAAAAGAAAAUAACUCAUUUAAAUGUGAACGUUUAGAGUUUGAUGAUUGUCUUAGUAAAAAAGAUGCAGAAUUAUUUCAACUGAACAAUGCUAUUACAGAAUUUCAUACAUUAUCUACACAAUUAACUAAUGAGUUGGAAUUGGUUAAAAAAGAGAAUAGUAUGCUUUCAGACAAAUUAAAUGGAACCAAUUUUGCGAUGGAAGACAAUAAAUUAUUAUCGGAUCGAUACCAAAAACAAAAACAACUACUGAAAGUAAAAAUCAAAGCUUUAAAAGAAUCUGAAAGCAAUUGUUCGCUUUUACAGCAGCAAGUUGCCUCUUUAAAUAAAGAAAUAAAUGUUUUGAAUCAGAGAUUAGCAUAUAUUAUUCAAAGUAAAAAACAAAUAAGUACUGUCAUACGAAACUGUGAUGCAGAACUUCAAAAGUGUUAUGAUUUAUUAAAUACAAUUGUAAUCAAAUCGAAUUUACAAAAUCAAAACAUACAUACACUUCGUUGUGUUUUGAUGGGUCUGGCAUCAUUAUUUUCUUUUGACAAUUUUGGUGUUGAGGUCAAUGUUGAUUUAAUUGAAAUUGUCGAUUCAAUUUGCAAUAACACCAUUCUAGAUGAUAAUGAACUGCAAAUUUGUAUUAAAAAAAUGGUCUUUGGUUCUAUUAAUAUUUUAGAAUACAUUGUAAAUUUAAAUGAUUCUCAAAAGCGUUCCAAAGCACAAUCAAUUGACCGCACUGAAGUUGAAAAAUAUGUAUCUGAAGCUGUAGAAAAGGUUAAAUUAACCACACAAAAUGAAUAUCAGAAACAAAAUAAUGAAUUACUCCAAUUAAUAGAAAACUUACAAAAUGAUAAUUAUACAUUAAAAUUAAAUAUGUCUUCUGGUACUUUAGAAAAUAAAGAAGUAUUAACAGAUUUAAAUGGUCUUGCAAUGAAUAGUUUAGUAUCUUUAGAAAAUGUAGAUAUAGAAAGUAUAAAGCAUGAAAACGAUACAUUAAAACAAUUUUUGAAAAAUAUCCGAGAAGAUUUGGGUUUAGUUAUUAUUGAUGAGAUAGAUGGUGGAGAGUUACUGAACUCUUUAAGUACACUUGAGUUCCAUGUACAGGAAAUAAAAAAUGAAAAUAAACUGUUAAAAAAUCAGAUUAAUGAACAUCAGAGAUUGAUUUCUUUGAAACAAUCUACUGAAUUGCAAACUGAUAAAUAUUCAAAUUUAAACAUACAAAAUUCAUCGGUUCAAACUAUAGAAAACUUUGAAGAAAAUGAUGAAGAUAAGAAAAAAGUGUCUGAAGAUGUAUGUUUGAAGCAAUUACAUAAUUCAGAAAUGUCCACUUCGACAGAAAAUGGUGAUACAAAGAUUUUACUAGUUCGUUACAAAAAUUUAAAAUCUCGAUUCAAAGAAAGUCGCGCUAAAACCAUUGACUUGGAAAAAAAAAAUUUUCAACUUGACAAAUGAUUUGGAAUGUGCAAAUUCUAAGUAUAAGCAAUUA